AUGGCUAAGGGGAAGAAGGAAAAGUUUGAUAAGUAUUGGAGUGAAUAUUCUGUUACUCUUGCAUUUGAAAAUGUUCUUGACCCAACAUCAAAGUUGGAAUUUUUGAACUUUUGCUUUAAGAAACUUGAACCAAGUGGCUAUGAAGACAAGGAAUACCAUCAAGAAAAGAUACAAAAUAUUUCAAAUGAUAGACUUGAAAUAUACCUGGAUGAAAAAUGUUUGGAUGAUAUUCUUCAAUAUGAGAAAUUAAAUAGUGUUCAAUUUCCUCAACUUGCUAUAAUGGCUUGUGAAAUUUUAAGCAUUUCAAUCACAACAGUGCCGAGGUCAUAUUUUGCAUAA